UCAUUCACUAUCACGUAUUUCCAUUCCGUUCUAAACAUUUCGUUAAAUCCACUUGUUGAUCCCCAACUCAGGCAAGUAUUGAUUUUGCCCAGACAUGCUCAGUCACAACAACCAGUCAUCAAUCCGCAAUAUGUUAGCCGCUUAAUCACCACACAAUGGAAGAUUUACUCCUCAAUAUUGUUAAAGAAUCGACGGGAACGAAAUUGUCGAAUUUAAAACAGAGCGCACAAGAAGCCCACGAUCUGCUAUGCAACCAGAACAACCUCCUCCGCAGCCCCAGCCACGAGCUACGAACCGCCUGCUUUAUUCCUCUGAAAUUGGCCCUCGAAAGCAAAAAGAGCAAACUUGUGUCGCUGGCCCUGACAGGACUCAAUAAAAUAGUGAGGGACGAGCGCUUCCAAUCGGGCACUGAACCAGAAGAUGAUUCUCUCUGGCUCCCCGCGCAGUUACUCCUCGCUACAUCUUCUAUGCUAACACAAUGCGAGGACACACAAGUCCACAUCUUGCGCGUAGUCCUAAACCUGGCAUGUUCAGCAAGCUGGGCCUUGAACGGCCGUUUGGUCAUGCUUCUGAUAACACGAUGUGGAGAGGCCUACGAAAACGGUACACAACCUGUCCGAGCAGCUGCUCAAGCCGCAGCGAGCCAAACUCUGACCGCCUUUUGCACCUUCUUGGACGAAGAGUGCCAAGAAAUCUUACAACAGCAGCAAAAGCACAAAAAUUCAGGCAGCAGUGCCGAGAUGGUGUACACGAAAACGUCGGCAGUUGCGUGUUUUAACGAAGCAAUUCCUGUUAUGCAAUACUUGUGCAGCAGACUAGAAGAGGCCAAAACGCAACCAAAAUCGGCCGAUCUUACGAUUUUUCUCCUUGAGUGUCUCCUAACCCUUGUCAACACCCUUCCACACACCGUUCAUUCUAACAUCCACUUCACCACUUUCCUUUGGCAACGCUUUUGUCCCGCCCUUUUGUCCCUUCUGGGUGCUCCGGGUGACCCAACUGGGCAUUCCCUCACCACCAAUCAGAGCAAAAUCAUCUACAGUAUCGGUAUCCAAGUCGUGCGUCUUGUUGGUCGUGAACGUGCCCUUCGUCCUGUCCUUGAAGCCCUUUUCCAUCGUAUGCUCCUUCUCCCGAGUCCACUCAAAAGACUUGAACCUUUAAGGGCCGCCCGUGAACUGUUAAGGUCGCCAGGGCGUCUCGCUGAUCUUUUGCUACUUAGUGGGGCUAUUCAUAGACAUGCGGGGGACGAUAUGGCUAUAAUCCGACUAAUUAUGGAUUCGAUUGAGGAGUCGUCACAAUGUAGCGACACGAAUGUACUUUUGGCGAGUGUUGAGUGUGUGGGGGCGCUUUUAGGGUCACUUGAGGCGCUUUGUAGGGGCGAGGGGCUCAAUCAAGAGGGUGCAGAAAUUGCAAAUUCGAGAUAUGUGACUUUGGAACAGGCUGACUAUACUGGACCUUUGACGUAUCAGUCGUUGGCAAGGCUUCCGAAGCCCUACCGGGACGUGGUUGCAAAUUUGAAAUGCCAAAGCGACUCCGACAGUAGCGGGAUUGAGGGCAACGUCCCCGACAUUGAAGGGGGCUCUGAAUCGGAUUGUUCCGGCGCAACCGAAGGCCCCGAAGAAUACGGGAGCCAAUCAGAGGACAGUAUAAUGGACGAUGACAGUUUUUUAACCAACCAUCAACUCCAAAAAUUGCACAAACUUCCAAAAUCGCUCAACUUGGGCCGAAGUGGUCUAGAAGAGUGCAAUACCGACGUGGAACGUCACAACGCCCGCCAUUUCGUCAAAACCUUACAAAACAUACUUCUCCCAAACCUUUUAUCACUAAGAUCGUCCAUUCAAGUCGACGAAGUUUUGCAAGAAUUCGCCUCCAAGUGUUGCCAACACAACUCGGCCCAAAGCUACGAAAUUUCAACGAUUAUGAACGCCGAUGGUGUUUAUUUAGCCACGUAUUCGGCCCUUUUGCUCGACUUGAAGCUGAUACAAGGGGGCAACCAUGAUGGGGGCAACAACGUCCCCAUCACGGAGGCCCAGUUUGUGGAGGAGAUUCAUGGCAGUGGGGUUUUGGUCUACGUUUCGGCGACUUGGUUAUGCGAACUUUACCAAAAUGUUUUGGCCAAAUCGUUGCUUCUGACGGCUGGGUAUGACCCCAAAGCGCCCCAACAGCCAGCUUUGGUCAAUUUAUUGACAGAUGUUGGUGGUUUAUGUCCGUCACAGUUACUUUCCGAUUGGCAGAAGUUGCAAAAAGUCCAUGGAAGCCCGGAGAGUAGUCCUGAAGUUGAGGCAGGAGUUAAGCUCUCACGGAGGGUUUUGACGUGUUGUUGGGCUUCCGUGGUUUCGGUUUUAGGGGCGCCAUUGGGCGAGAAAAGCACUUUUUCGGGGACUUCGGCUCUGAGUCGGUUGGUGGCGAGAAGGGCGCGGCAGAAGCAUCGGCAAAGGAUAAGGGAUGAUAUCAUUACGGCGUGUCUUGAGGGCCUCCAUAAGGCAGCAAGCUUGAGUAACACUUUGAAACUCCAAUCCCGGAGCUGCAGUAUUUUAUCGCUACUUUCGGCUUCUUCCUGUAAGCCACAAGGCGCCAAACUCCCUGCUUCCCACGCCCUUUCUUUGGACGUCCUUUUAUCCAAAGGGCUAGCCCUUGGCUCGCACAGUGCCGCCUGUUGGCCACAUGUCUUCUCCGCUUGCGUGGCCGUAGCCAACCUCGAACAUGCCCUUUUUAGCAAAACUGGCUCAACUCAACUCUUGAUGGUUGCCCAAAACACGCAAAACAAUACCGUGACAUCGAGCACUUACACCAACAGUGAGAGACUUAACAUGACUUUCAAUAUCAGUAACGACGAAGAGACUUGCGUGGACGUUUACAGUUUUCUGCAUAAUGCCUCGUAUGCCGCCACGAAUUCGUCUGAUGCCUCGAUUGCCGAAAUUGUGGAACGCAGUGGGGCACAUAAUGCCCAAAGUCAGGGCAUUUUGAGAGGAGUUCAUGCAGCGAAAGUUUGCUGCGUUUUGUCGCAGAAAGCAGAUGAGUUGUUUCAUUCAGCUGCGUUGAGGUUGUCUCUGCCAGGGCUUUGCAGUUUCUUGACGGAGUUGUGCAAGGCGUCGCAUACACAGCUCUUUACCCGUUAUGAGGACACCCCUCGCCAGCAGAAAAAAUGGUGGAAAAAAGAGCUCGAAUCCCAGCAAAAACCCCCAGCCACUCUCCUCCUCCACCGAAUCGGUGAAGUAACCCUCAAGUGCAUCCGUUCCGGCCGCCCUUUAAUCCACACCAUGAAAGUCUGGUCGAUCGUCGGCCCCCAUUUCAUGCAAGCAGCGUGUCACAAAGACCGCACAAUCUCCAAAAAAGCAGUCCAAUGCAUCCAUGACGCAGUCACCGCCCUAUUAAACGAACAAGCCGAACUGCCACACUUCCACUUCAACGAAGCCCUAAUCAAACCAUUCGAAAACCUCCUCUGUCUGGAACUGUGCGACUUGGACGUCCAAGACCAAAUCGUGUCCUGCCUUUGCGAGUUCGUGGAAGCCAACAGGACAGAGAUCUGCUCGGGUUGGAGGCCACUUUUCGGGACUUUACGAGUUACCAAUGCGAAAAAUAACGCAGCUGCGAUUUUGGACGUGUUCCGGAUUUUCCUCUCGACUGAUAAUACGCUGGUGUUUGCGAACGCGGCUUUGGACUACAUUUUGUGUCUUUUGUCACACAUCAAAAACGCCAAUUUUGAGGAAAACGAGCCGCAAGUUAAACAACAAGAGAGUAAGAAAGGGGCGUUUUUGGAUAAAGAUGAUUUUGCCUCAAAACUGGUCAUCGGACCGGUUGAUCUAUGCAUCGAAAGCCUCAAACUCCUCCAAAAUUGCGCCGCCAUCUUAUCAAUGAUGUACAACAUGCCGAAAUGUCCCUCCUUUAACGUCACACAUCGCAUGAACAUUGACACCGAUCCGCAAGUUGUUGAUCCAAUCAUCCAGAAUAUUGAAGUUGUUAACUUCAACCAAGACCAUUACGACCCGAUUAGUUACUCGAUUUUGGGGACCAGACACGACUUAGAAUUGUGCGAAUCAAGUGGUAUUACUUUAGCCAAAAUGGAUCGGCAAAGUAACGUUUUGAAAAUCUGGUACAUUCUCCUUGAAGGACUCUCCUCAGCUUCUAUCAUGUCAGCUCAUAAAAACCAACCAUUUGUUGUUGAAACCCUCUUCAAACUUUUAAGGGAUUUGAUUGAUAACCCGGGCGUUAACUUUGGGUUAUAUUCCAUAAAUCACUUGCUACUCCCGAUGGUUCAAAACUGGAUGCGCCAGAACAGCAAGAUCCAAAAACCGGGCGAAAUCUGGCAAAACUUCAAGCACUGUUGUGGCUUAGCUAGCGAGCUUGUGGUCGAUUAUUUGCACCAUUUGCAAGGUUUUGGCCCUUUUGUUGAAAACCCAGCCGCUACUUUGGCCCUCAAACAACUCCUCUUGAUCCUAAUCGAGUGUAUAACACAACCUAGCGAAAACAUAGCCCGGUUAGGGACUUCCUGCAUCCGUCACGUUAUUUUAAGUGCUGGUAAGAUUUUGACUGGAGGGCAAUGGGAAAUUCUGGUCGUGGCCCUACACAGGGCUUGCACCAUCUCGCUUAACCCUCUCCACCAACUAACUCUCGCAUUUAAAGAGAACUCGGAUAGUUUUUACGGCGACUUGGCGACAGUUAAAGUCGCAGCGCGUAAAGACAGCACAGUGUCCGAAAACGAGAGGUUGUACGAGCUUGCCCAGCAAGUUUUCCUCAUGCAAUGCCAACGCAACUGUCUCAAGUGCGACAAGUUGUGCGAGUGUGAUGCCAGUAUGACGAUUGAUGAUCGCAGUUAUGUUUUCCUCCUCUAUCCGCUUGACAUGUCUUCGAUUUUGAACCCCGAUUUGUAUACAGUGCGGGUUCCAUUUCGCAAUUUGGUUGUUGGGAUUUUGGCGCAUCAAAUGCUCGUUCAGACGAUUUCCAGCGCGCUUUUGCAAAAUUUGAAUCAUAUCACGCCGAUUUUGAACAUUUUGCAAAUCAAUUCGUGCAGUUUAAGGGGGAUUUUGACGCAUGUUAACGCCAAACAUGUCGAUAUUCUGUUGAAGUGUUUGGAUGUGAGUAAUGCCAGAGCGAAGCAGUUUGAUGUCAGGCCCGGUUUGAAAUUUUUGACUCAGAAGGUUGGGAAUUUGAGCAAGGCGGCGAAUUUGUACACACAGGCAAACACUUCAGAGGUGGUCCAAAUCAUUGUUUUAAUCGAGUUGUGUCUUGAUGGCAUUGAGAAAUAUUCAAUCAAACCCAAAGACUUGAAAGAAUUGUUGGGGAAGGAUGGUAAAGUUAGGUGUUCUAGUGAUUUGGACUACGUGGAGCAAUUUUUGCGACGGUUGCAAAACAAGUGGGAGUUUUUGUGCGAAUCUUACAUCAACCUAACGAUAAACAUCCCAGUGCAAGACAGUGAAGACGAAUUGAAGAGUUCUAGUGAUAAUCUUGACCAAAUUGCCGACAAACCCCGACCUUUCAAAUUAGCAGAUUUCAAGCAAGAAGAAGACACUUUGAGUUCAAGCACUGAUUCCGAAGGUUACUUGGAGAAGGAAGUUUUGCCAAAUGUGAAAACUGAAGAUGAGGCAGAAAAACCCAAACUACGUCAAAGUUGUAGUCUUGACGAGACAAUUUUGAAAAAGACAAAGGAAGUCUCAUCGACUGAUGACGAAACGAAUGACAUGGCGGCCAAAUAUACGAAACAGAUCCACGACAAGUAUAAAGUUGAGCUUAAUUCGAUUAAAUACGACACUAAUACGUUGCUUCAAAUGCGUAAAUCGACCAUUUCGAGUGAUAAUAUUACGAGUUGUGACAGUUUUGAGAAAAAGACGCCAAGUCCGAGGAUUAAUCCUUUUAUGGUGGCUAAUGUGCCACCGCCACAGCCGAUACCGCCCGAAAUACAGCAACAGAGGGCCAUGAGUAUCUUUAAGGACUCUGAGGCGUACAAGACGACUCGGAUCGAGACAAUGGAGGCAUGUCUCGAGCUUUUGAGUAGUCUAUCGUCUGAAAAGCUCUCGCCUUUGGCCACCGUUUUGAAACAAGGCGCCGUUCUUCUAAUCGGGGCUCAGGACGAGAAAAUAAAAAACGCAGCUGAGAAUCUUCUCAACAGAAUGAAUAUCUCGUACAUUGACCACGAUAAUUUCUAAUUUAUUUGCACUCUUUAAGACUGGAUUUGGAAGUCUGAUGGUAAAUCUUCGUGCUUACUUUCCGUAUAAUUACUGUAGAAUAAAAAAUAAAUGUAAAAAUCGCUGUAUUUUAUGACGAAUGUACAGAGAAUGGUAGACAAUAAAGGUGAGUUUAAGUGGUUUAA